AUGUUGCUCGACAUGCAUUCUGCCGACUUGCACAAUGACUAUUAUCUUUCAAAACUCAAAGUUCUCGACUUCUCCGAUGACUGUUGCGAACUCUCUAUGAUACCCGAUCUUUAUUUGUCACUUCGGAUCCUGAAAUCCGGUGACGAAUUAAUUAUCGUCAUUAUGAGACGGUGGUUUAACCAUUAUUCCACGCAGAGGUUUGGCAACGAGCAUUAUACGUCUAAUUACGUCUUGCGAGGAAGCUACUUUAUGUCUAUGCAAGGUUCAUCGCCUUUGUCUAAUUUUAAAUUUGGAUUGUAUACAGCACCCGAGACAGGUUCACUGUCUCCUUUAUCUGUCCAUUCUACCGUCUUUUUCGCAAUGGCUACUAUUAAAAACUUGGCACGGACGAUCCAACGUCAUGGAUCCGCGAUACGACUCGCGAACGCUCCUUCCCCACCUUUCAAGGCAUCGACAUCUCCCCGCAUUUUGUCAGUGAAACAGGACUCCCAAAAACCCAUAUUUUUUCAAUGGAGGACGCUCGAGGACUUUUUAGAUUCUGCGUUCGACCUUCUCCAACAGGAUUAUCUAGCAAAUCCGGUUCCAGAGAGAGGGAUCAUUAUAAAGAGAAGACGUCGAGAUACAAUGGUGGGAGCGAAAGAGGAGGACAAGUGA